AUGGAUAACCGCGGUUCCUUCUUUUUCCUGCUGAUCGUUUUUUAUCUUCUUCUCAGCUCGCAGUCUCGUCCGCCGUUGCUUGACCAGGAUCGAGAGCGUCAGCGGGAAGUAGCAAGGGAACGAGAUGCACUUCGUUUGUUGAAUGAAUCCAACUAUGGGGACUUUGACCCGUCGGCUGAUAAAUGGCUUCCUUUUGCGGGAACCAGGAAGAACGACAGUUAUGCUUGGGGUAUUCUCCCGGAAGCUCAGGGUAGAGCUCGUCACCAGUUACGAUCCGCCAUUUCAAAUGCUGGGCUGCAACCUCCCAGGUCUCUAGAAGACCCCGACUCUUUACCUUCCCUGAAUCUAACCCAGUUGUUACUCCCGGUCUAUCGCAAUGCGACAGGGAAAUUGCGUGGAGAUUGGGUUCGCCGCAAGCUGGACAAAGACUCUCCGAAAGUCAACGCUACGGCUAUCGCUUUAGAACACGAAUACUUCACCCACGAAUUCGGUCUGAACAUCACUGGUAGCAGCGGAACGUUCUACUUGGAUCUCAGGGAAGGCGGGGGCGAAGAGCUUCGGGUAAAUAGCGGCCAAGUUCGAGAGAUACGAGCGACAUUGGCUGUCGAAAGCAAUGACUUUUGGGGAAAUACCUGGUAUAUCUCCUUAUUCGGUGUCCAUUUCCCAGAGACGGGAGGCAUCAUCCUGAGUUCAAAUAGCGAGAAGUUUGAGGGGUUGUUCGUGCUGCCGCAUCUGGCUUUCUCUUCAGACGCGUAUGAGCUUUCCCAUCAGCUUCUCCUCAAGUCACUCUCUGAUACCUUAUCUGAGAAAGAGAAUCGGCCUCCAACGCUUUUCCCGUGGUCGUCCUUAAUUGGAUCGGAGCAGGUAGAAUUCCCUGCACCGAAGUGUGAACAUAUUGUCUACCUGCAACAACAUCCAGUCGCUAUUCAUGACUACCUAGCGGAUAAGCCAGUGGUUGACCAGAUAGAAGAGGAGCUAAGAUUCCCAAUCGGGGCUCCGGUACCGCCUGCGCCGUUAAUGGUCAUGUCUGCCGUGGUAUUUUCUCCGGACUGUGGGUAUAUCCUCGAGACCAAGGGAACCCCAGACUUCCCUCCCAGCGAGGGCCUCUAUCUCACGGGCCCGAAAAUUGAAGAGUACGACAAAUACAGUGCGCGUCUCGUAUUUACCAUAUGUGGAGUGUUUGCCGCACAAAUCACACUACUUCUGAGACAGAUCAAGGAGGCGUCGACACCUUCCACCAGGAGCCGUAUCAGCUUCUAUACAAUUGCUCUUAUGGCCUUUGGGGAUGCUUUUGUUCUUAUCUUCAUUCUCUUGGAGCUGUAUCCGGCGGUGUCAUUUUUGGUCAUGGCGACGGCGUCGUUUCUCACGUUUCUGUCGGUCAGCUACAUUGGCAUGAAAUUCAUGAUGGAGAUCUGGGCCGUCCAAUCGCCCGAACGCAUGGAGCAAGAGCGUCGCUCCAACCCUUCGGCAUCAACUCCGCGUACAAGGGGCCUACCUCUCCCAGCGACAUCGCCCCGGGUAAGAGAGGCAACACCCAUCAUAUUGACUCCGGAUCAAGAUCCUCCUGCCGAGGAAGAUGAUCAACCAACCGACCGUGGCACUACUUCGACGGCUCAAGAAACUCGCAACGACGUGGGUGCGAUGUACGCACGAUUCUACUUCGUCCUGUUCGUGAUGCUCAUUAUUUCAAUAUGGUCUUUCCUUUGGCCGAAUCGGCUAGGAGCCCUGUAUGCGCGCGCUCUCGCCUUUAUCUACCUGUCGUUCUGGACCCCGCAGAUUGGCCGCAACAUCAUGCGGAACUGCCGUAAAGCGCUCCGGUGGGAUUUUGUGAUCGGGCAGAGCAUCCUGCGACUGUUCCCGUUUGUGUAUUUUCUAACAGUGCGUGGCAACGUGCUGUUUGUACGCCCAGAUACGACUACUGCUUUUGCGCUAGCAGGCUGGGUGUGGAUUCAGGUCUGGAUCCUGGCGAGUCAGGACAUUCUCGGACCGCGGUUCUUCGUCCCUCGAGGCUGGGCACCGCCAGCGUAUGACUAUCACCCAAUUUUGCGAGACGCCGAUGAGCCUGAGGCAGAUCUGGAGUCUGGCGGUGUCCUACCGAUCGGCGCUCUUAGGGCUGAGGAUCUUUCCGGCGACGCGAAGGAUGAGGACAAACAGCGGAUCAAGGACAGGAAAAAGGCGGUUUUUGAUUGCGCCAUCUGCAUGCAGGAAAUCGAGGUACCUGUUCUUGCAGCGCGUGGAGCCGCCGGAGGCAGCAGUGUCACGGAUGGAGCUACAAGCAUCCUCAGUCGUCGCACUUACAUGGUGACGCCUUGUCGACAUAUUUUCCACAGCACAUGUCUCGAGAGCUGGAUGCGAUUACGACUCCAGUGCCCCAUUUGUCGAGAGUCCAUCCCUCCUGUAUAG